AUGUACCGAGAUACACGAGGCCGUACCCUUCAGAAAUCGACCGAAUCCCUCUUCCCCGGAACUAUCGUGCUAUUCUCCGAGGAUGGGCAGACCUCCUCCAUUGAACACAUAGGCCGUUUCACGGCCCAGUGUGGGGAAGCCGAUUCGGACGCCCAGAAGCUAUGCUUAUUUGUUCAUUCUUUAACCGGCGUCGCGUUCUCAUGGAUCAUAAACCUUCCGCUGAACUCAAUAAGGGAUUGGUCUGAUAUGGAAAGGGCGUUCCACGAACAUUUCUAUCAGACCAACCGAGAAAUAACAGUCGCCCAGCUGGCAAAGAUGAGCCAGGCAUUGGAUGAAUCACCUUGCGAUUACCUACAGCGAUUCAAAACAUGUAGGAAUUGGUGCCGCACGAACCUACCAGAGAGGGAGUUCGUCAAGAUGGCCGAGGAAGGCUUGGAAUUUGAAUACCGGAAGAAAUUCCAAGGAAACGAGUUCCGGGACAUGCAUGACUUGACCAACAAGGUGGACAGGUAUGCGUCCUUGUUGAAGGACGAGAUGCAGAAGAAGCCGGCCUCAAAGGGGACCUACUACAGGAAUCCCAUCGUCAGCUACGCCGAAGCAGACGGCUUCGCGGAGGCCGAGGGCGAGGAGGUAGAGAUGAGUUCAGCCGAAGUCAGCAUAGACAAACCCUUCGUUUGCAGAGGGCUUGUUAAAACUGACAAUAGCCGCACAAAAAUCCCCGACGCUAAGUUCGCAACGCGGGAAACGAAGGCCUACACUUUUGACUUAACAAGGGCCAAGGCUAUCUUCGACCUGCUAUUCGCCGAGAAAAAGGUCAAAUUGUCCUUCGGCCAUAAAAUUCCGAAACCCGAAGAGCUCAAAGGGAAAACGUUUUGCAAAUACCACAGUUCUUGGUCUCACAACACCAACAACUGCGUUGUCUUGCGAGACGUUAUCCAGAAAUUAAUAGACGAAAAGAAGCUCUAG